CACGUUUUGUUUACAGUUGGAGGCUUAUAAUUUCUGCUCGCAUUUCGAUUCAAUUUCGCUUUGAGUUAACAAUUGAAAUAAUAUGAAAAACCAGGAACUGAUUGAUUACUUAGAGUCAUGUGGCGUCUGCCGCGUGUGUCAGUUGCGUUAUUUGAAGGCGCGCGGCAACGAAUAUCGCGAUAUGCAGCAAACAUUCAAGCGCCUGGAUGUUAAAGUGCCCGAUAUCACUAUAGUUGUGGACGAGAUCACUGAUGAGCAGCCGUUGAAGAAGCAACGCCUGAGCAUAUGCUCCAUUUGCCUGGGCCUCUUCUCGGAGGAUUUGCAAAGACAAGUGAUCCAGGGGAUUCUUGAUUCCGAUUUCGCAAAAUAUGAUAGCGACGGCAUCGUUCUGGCUAUCAGUAUGCCGAUGACUCUACAGCUGCGUCAGUUAUCCAUGUGGUUUGCACUGCAACGGAAAUUUGGUCGUUCCUCUGUGGCGGAUCACAAUGCACCCGAUGUGCCCAUAAAGGAGGCUGUGAAACUAAUUCUACAUCCCAUUGUGUGUGCCAAGCUGGGCAGGGAAUACGAUGCGAAUGGACUGAUGAUCAACAUUGAGUUGCGACACAGCUCGGAGGAGGAUGUUGUGGCCAAACUCAGUGAACUCAAUCGUGCAGCAUUUCCCGCCAAGAACCACAGACGUGUGGAAAUCUCUCGUGGACUGCUCGAGAAACAAUACCAACCGUCACGCAUCAAAGGCGAUCUCUUCGAGCAAUAUCUGCCCAUACCACCACCGGCUGUAAUGGAUCCGUUGCAGCUGCAAUCCAUCGAGCUGCUGGGUCCCAUUGUUUGUGUGGCUGGACGCUAUCGUAAGUUGAGUCGCGAGCUGUCGCAUACGCCUUGGGUGCUCCAUGGGCAGCGCAUCAUGGAGGAUAGCAUUGAGGAGAUUAUUGUACGACAUGUUGCAGCAUAUUUUACUGAAACGCCCGAGAAGAUCACAUUCAUGUCCAGUGGCAGGGAAGAUGUGGAUGUGCGUUGCCUGGGCAAAGGACGUCCCUUUGUCCUGGAAAUACCAAAUGCCCGCAGGAGUAGCAUGACUCGUCAGCAAGCACUGGCCAUGGAGCAGGCCGUCGAUUGCACUGGCAAAGUAUCCAUACAUAAUCUACAAGUUGUUCCGCGUGAGGAACUCACUCACAUUAAAACGGGCGAGGAACAGAAGCGUAAAUAUUAUCGUGCUCUGUGCGUGCUCCAAGAACCAGUCACAUUGGACAUAUUGCAAAAGCUGCAAAUCUCUGACAGCUUUGAUAUACAACAGAAGACUCCAAUUCGAGUGUUGCAUCGACGACCGCUUCACACUCGACCCCGCACCAUAUUCAGUGUCGAAGCGCGUGUUCAACGCGAGAAUCGACGAUUGCUCAUCAUCGAUGUGGUCAGCCAGGCGGGCACCUACAUCAAGGAACUGGUUCAUGGUGAAUUUGGACGCACAACUCCAUCCAUAUCUUCCAUAAUUGGCAAACCCAUCGAUAUCGUAGCGUUAGAUGUAGUUGGCAUCGAUUUGGAUUGGCCAGCGGAUGUAAAUAAUACUGAAAUUGAAGUGACAUAAAUAAAGCGCUCCUUUUUUUGUUGUUUUCAAA